AUGGUCGACGACCUCGAGGCCAACGAGGCGGCCGUCGAGCAGCGCGCGCAGGAGCUCAAGCGCGAGCUGGAGGGCGAGGUGAUGGCGCUCGGGUUCCUGCGGAGCGGGGAGGCGUGCGCGGCGCGGUUCGACGCGGACGUGGAGCCCGCGCUGCGCGGGCGGCGCGACGCGGCGCGGGCGCUGCUGGACCACGUGCGCGGGUACCUGGAGGGGCAGGUCCGCACGUGGCGCAAGUGCAUCGACGCGCUGGGCGGGCUGCUGUGCGACGUGGGCACGGCGCAGGACGACCACCGGGCGCAGGUGGCGAAGAUCCGCGAGAAGAACGCGUACGUGCUGGCCAUGACGCGGCGUGCGUUCGAGGACAGCGACAAGCAGGUCGAGGAGGCGCUCGCGCAGGCGAUCCGGGACAUCCAGGAGGGGUCGUCGGAGCGGGACCUGGACCAGCUGGUGCAGGUGGCGCUGGACCACCUGAACUCGAUCGAGGGGAGCUACCGGGACUUCCACAGCAACAUGUGCAGCAUCGUCGACGCGCUCCCGCGGUCGAUCGACGACGAGUUCCGGACCUACCACCUCUCGCUGUGCGGGAAGCUGCGCGUCAACCCCAAGGUCGAGACGCCCGGGGACGCCGCGGACGCCGACAAGAAGCAGAGCGGGACCGAGCAGGGCGAGAGCGCCGCGGAGGGCGAGGCGGCGCAGGACAAGCCCGCCGACGACGCCAAGCCCGCCGAGGGCGAGGAGGGCGCGGAGGGCGAGGACGCGGCGCCCGCGGAGCCCCCGCCGCCCCCCGAGGUCUUCCUGGCCGAGGUCGAGGCGGCCGACGGCGGCUUCUGGACGUGCGCGCAGGACCUGUACGACGCCGUCAUCCUGGGCGUCGAACCGCGCAAGGAGGACAGCCAGUCCACGCUGGAGGCCACGGAGUCCGCGGAGGCGCCGGCGGCCGGGAGCCUCAAGCCGCAGCAGAGCAUCCAGAAGCAGGGCAGCCUCAAGCCGCAGCAGAGCAUUCAGAAGCAAGGGAGUCUCAAGCCGCAGCAGAGCAUUCGGAAGCAGGGCAGCCUGAAGCCGCAGCCGAGCGUCAAGCCCGGGAAGAAGGGGGAGGGGGUGCCGGCGGCGGUGACGGAGGGCGUGGCGGAGGGCGCGGCGGAGGGGGAGGGCGAGGAGGAGGCGCCCGCGGCGGACGAGGGGAGCAAGUGGGCGGACCCGCCGACGCUGCAGAGCGGCGAGGCGUGCCUGGCGGUGCUGACGAUCCCGUCGGAGCGCGUGCGGACGGCGCUGGUGUCGCUCACGUGCUCCGCGCUGGGCGACAUGUGCCAGUUCACGGCCGAGGUGAACUCCGAGGUGGCCGCGUGGGCGCGCAAGCAGGCCGAGGACCUCACCGAGGAGCUCGACGAGCUGCUCCGGUCGCACCGCCCGCGCGCGGGGCUGAUCGAGGAGGACGUGCGGCAGCAGCGGUCGGUCAAGCUCCUGGCGCAGAAGCGCAGCGUGGACGCGCACCUGCGCGGGAUGGGCCGGAGCAUCCUCGCGCAGUGCGCGCGGUUCGAGGGCGCGGUGGAGGAGCGGCGGCACCAGAUCGACCGGCUGCUGCGGCGCCUCCGGCAGCAGGAGGGCGCGCUGAACGUGGACAUGUCGGUCAAGAGCGUGGAGAUCCGCGUGCGCGAGGCGCAGCAGCAGCAGGGCGUGCUGGAGCGCGCGCUGGAGCAGGCGUGCCUGAUGCUGUCGACGUCGGCGGAGGAGGACGCGGCGCGGCUGAAGGCGGUGAACGAGCGGUUUGCCGCCGAGGUGCUGGUGCCGUUCGAGGAGGGGGGGGAGUUCGCGGAGGCCAACAUCCGGCGGUACAAGGCGCAGCUGGAGGACUGCAACACGGUGGUGCGGCUGAAGAUGGAGGCGCAGCUGGCCAAGGUUGAGGAGCUGCAGAAGGAGAUGGCCGCCAGCGCCGGCGCGGCGGUGGAGCAGCUCGGGCGCGUGGCGGAGGUGCACAAGGAGGACCUGGCGCUCGUGGAGGCGCUGGAUCGCGCGAUCAACGCGGCGCGGAGCCGCGCGGACAAGAUCUUCAGCGCCAGCGAGGAGCACGCACGGCGCAUCACGCAGGAGAUCCAGACGAUGCGCAAGCUGAUCCGCGUGCGGCCCGAGGACGCGGAGGCCAAGUUCGCGGAGCGCACGCCGGGGCCGAAGCUGGCCGCCGAGGGCAACCACGGCGGGCACGAGCUCGCGCAGGACCUCGUGGACUGCUCGAACCGCCUGCGCGUGCUGGUGGCGUCGCGCGGGCGCACGCUCGACGCGGUGCGCGACGGCAUCGACAUUCCGGUCAACCUCUUCCGCCCGUGGAUCGAGGGCGAGAACACGGAGCCGCCGUUCGAGGACGACGAGGACCAGAACGACGCGGAGAGCGAGUGGACGCAGGGCGGGCUGUCGCUGGAGAAGCUCGGCAUCACGCGCGAGGAGCUCGAGGGCGUGACGGUGCGCGUGCGCGUGCACGAGCUCAUCGAGCGCUGCCACGAGCAGUGCGCGCCGGUCGCGCAGGCCUACUACGAGAGCAAGGACCCCGAACGCGCCAUCACGCGCCCGAAGCGCAUCCCGCGCGAGCUCGACGAGCUCAACGAGGUCAACAACCGCAUCCUCAACGACAUCCGCGGGCGCCUGCGGCGGCACCUCGAGGAGAGCCUGCUCGAGUUCCGCGAUCAGAUCAUCUCCAUCAACCGACAGCUGCUCGCGCUCCCGGGCGCCGCCGCGCGCGCCCUCAUCUACCACGACACGCGCGAGUACAUCCGGCAGGCCCAGAAGAUGGACAGCCGGUACGCGUCGCGACAGAAGCAGCUGCGCAACGAGCUCGAGCAGCACCGGCUCGCGAUCCGGCCGCAGCUCGGGGAGCCCAACUGCCAGCCGCUGGUGGACGAGCUGGUCGAGGAGGAGUCGGCGCGCGCGGAGACGAGCGUCGAGUCCAUGAAGGCGCGGGCGCGGAACUCCAUCGAGGCGCUCUCGCGCGCGGGGCCGAUCAUCCGCGGGCGGCUCGCGCUGCUCGCGCGCGGCCUGGCGCGGAUCUGCGACGGGAUCAUCGUUCCCGGGGACCUGCGGGAGGCGCGCGGGGACGACGAGGGGGAGGAGGACGCGGUGGCGGCGGCGGAGGCGACGGGGGGCCUGAAGCGGACGAUGACGCAGGCGGCGGCGGCGGCGGUGCAGGCGGAGGCCAGCCACUCGUCGGUGGGGGUGGCGCAGCCCGGGGCGCCGGCGCCGCGGACGCGGAUGAACAUCAAGCAGCUGAAGCGGCUGGCGCUGGCGCAGGCGGACGCGGGGUCGGGCGGGACGGGGCAGGAGGCGAACGAGCGCGGGCUGGUGCGGCGGACGUGGGAGCUGGAGCACGGGAGCAUCUCGCCGGGCGCCAUCGGGUGGGGCGAGGAGGACGUGUCGAUGGCGCGGCCGCUCGACGACGACGACGAGGACGACGAGGACGAGGAGGAGGAGGAGGAGGACGAGGGCAACGUGCCGCUGCAGGUCGAGGGGCUGGACACCCCCGUGCACCGCGCGUGCAUCCGCGCGUACGUGCAGGCCCUGGAGACGCUGUCGUCGGCGUUCCGGUCAAUCGUGGACGACGUGCGCUCGACGCUCAGCGCGGGCCUGCGCGAGGAGGAGCUCUUCCGCCGCCAGUUCAACAAACUGGUCAACACGCUCCAGCGGUCGUAUGUCUGA